UCUGGUAACUCUGAAUGGUGAUUUUGGAUGUGGAACAAUGAACAACAGCCCCAAGGAUUCGUACCGCGGUGGAGGAGGCCCGGGCCUCCCGGACGGCGGUGCAUCGGCUGGCGUGGCGAUCAGCAUUGAGAGCGAUGACAAUGAGUCCACGACGGCGGAGCACGACUACCUGCUGCCCGCCGCUUCGUCGUCAGUGACCUCUGGAGUUGGCGUUGGUGGCGGGGGAGGAGGAGGCGCAGGUGUUUCUGGGGGUUCGGGCAACACCAGCAUCAAUCUGGAGCACAGCCACGUACCCACAGCCAGGAGCAGCAGUCUGAGUGGCGGCAACGCCCGCCACGGCAACAUUCUGUCCACCUUCUUGGCCCGACAGCGAUCUUAUACGCCUGCGAGCAACAGUAGUUCCCCGAUUAGAGUAACCACACAGAUGAAUCGCCGUUUGCAACAGUCGCGCAGCAUGGGCGCCAACACUGGCGGCAGUUUGGAGGAGCCACCUAGCAACGGAUCAGCUACCGGCGGACCAGGUGCCUCACCCUCAACGGCUGCAGGUGUUCGGCAGUUGGGCUUUUGGCGCGUCAACCUCAACGAUGUCUUCUCCCUGUCCACGGCCCCUUCGACGGAGGCCCUGCGCUCCUUUAUUACACAUUCCAAUUUCCGGUAUCCACCCGCUGCUGCAGCAACAGGAGCUCAACCAGCAGCUGCCGCCAAUCCCGUAGACAAUUCGCACAUACUGCUCGGCCCACAGCAGCAGCAGCCAUCGUUGGCGGAACCAGCCAGUCCGCAGCGAUACAGCCGCGUGGGAAGCGGAUCUGCACCCAGUGCCACUGGAGUCAUGGGCAGGAGCAUCUCACUGCGCGAGGGAGAGAUGCGGCACAAUCACGGCCUUAACGGAGGACGACACAAUGCCAGUGUCAUAGGGCUGCACAGCAAUCCCGUGGCCUUCGAGGAGCAUGAACUCAAUGAUAGUCUGGACCUGGGCGAGGGAAACGAUAUCGGCGAGAACGGAGGAGGUGGCAAUGGCCAGAUAGACCCGCCAGAGAACCCGCCAGAAGAUGAACACCUCAUCUCCGAUGACAUGGUGGUGCAGAUCCUCAGCCAUUUUGUACGCUAUCUGCCGCUAAUCUUCAUAUUGUUCAUCAAGUUUAUACACGACCACCUGCUGGGCAUUGUGGAUCUUCUGGUGCUUCAGACAGUGAUGUACAAUAUUAAUCGUUCGGUGCGCAAUCAGGUGGCCCGGCUGGCCCAAAAGAACUACGCUGUAAUGACAAGGGAUGUCUGCCUUAUUGUGGUGGUGGUCGCAGUGCGUCUGUUCCUGGCCACUGCGCCGCCAGAUCCUUUGGGUCUCAUUGUGCCGCCGCCGUUUAAAUACAUUACCCUCGAGUUCACCGGGCUGCCUUACCACACGAUCGCCGAGGGAGACAGGAUGAUGACCGACAAUCCCACGACGUCAAAGGAAACCAUCAAAGCGUCCAUCUCAAAUGAUACGUAUUCAGCCCUUAAAGUUAUUCCGCUGGGCAUGUUACUUUACUAUAUUGCUGUGAGCGAUCUCAUAAUCAAGCUGCUGACAAUGCUGGUCAAAAUAUUUAUUACCAUGCUGCCGCACCAUCUGAUGAGACACAAAGUGCGGGCCCGACUUUAUGUGCUGGUGGAGUACACAUCUCAGUUCUACAGGGCGCUGACACCCAUAUCCCAGUGGUUCCUGUUUUUAUACGAGUCCUAUUCGGGUCUGGAAGUAGUCUCCGGAGGACUCUUCUCCGCCCUCUACCUGGGCGCCAAGAUAUUUGAGCUGGUGGAGCGCGGCAAGUCGCUUAAAAAAUCGAUUGUGACCUUCAGGAAAAAUAUUGACUCUGAGCGACCGCCGACCAAGGACGAGAUGGAUGCCGCGGGAGCCCUCUGUCCCAUUUGCCAUGACGCCUUCAACACGCCCACCGUGCUGGAGUGCGGCCACAUCUUCUGUGAUGAGUGCGUCCAGACCUGGUUCAAACGCGAACAGACCUGCCCGAUGUGCCGGGCGAAGGUCAGCGACGAUCCCGCCUGGCAGGACGGCAGCACCACCUUCUUCCAUCAGUUGUACUAGCUGCGCCACCAAAGAAAUUUUCCACGGAUUUCGCGUGUACAUAUAUGUAGUCGCUAGCUAGCCUUUUGUUUAAUUAAACUGACAGUUAUUAAUUAUUACUACAAGACAAA